AUGGCGGCGUCGGAGAUGGUAGCGGAACAAUCCACACGUCAGUACACUGAAUCGCCUUUGUCACCAACACGUCCGCUGGUCUCGCCACCGGACGAGGACAUAGUUCAGCGAGUGCCAGUAUCGCAGCCGAGAGUGCAUUCAGGUGGCUUUCUCUCGCGCCGGAAGGCGGAUGGUUUCGUUGGGGUGAGGAGGUGUUCGCGUAGUUUCAUGGAAGAAAUAGGCCGUUGUCCUUGGAGCCGUCGAACACACGGAGACUUAGUCCUCCCCUCCAGGCAGCAUGGUCUGUGCCGACGCGGUCGUUGAAGUCACUAAGAGCAAUCAGCUUAUCCUCCUUCUGCACAGACGCCAGGAGGCUUGCAGGCCCUCGUGGAAUUUUUUCCUUGCAGCUCCAGGGCUGGUCAUCGGGGAGGGGCGUAGACGCUGACAAUGGGGGCGAAUUUGCCUCCCCGGAGAGGCAGGUGGAGGCUCAUCAGGCGAUCGUUGAUGCCCUGCAGCAAACAGGGCAGGCGUCCCACGAUGUCGUUCCGGAUGGCAGAGGUGGCGCCAGCGUCCCGUCGCUCUGCCUUGGGACGACUGCCCCAGAAGAAGGUCUAGCCAGCACUAACCUCCUCCAUUUGGCCUUGUUUGAGGAAGCGGGUCUCGCUGACUGCAACGAUGUCCACCUUGAAGCGCGCCUGUUCCCCGGCCACUAG